AUGGCGUCGACGUCGUCGACGUCGCGGAUGACGAUGCGCGCGCCGGUGCCGGGGCCGGGGACGCGGGCGGUGCCCGGGACGCGACGUCACGGGACGAUGAUCGGCGCGCGGGCGUUCGUGGGGGGGUCGUGGGCGCGCGCGCGCGCGCGGGCGCGGUGGACGGCGAUGGGCGAUCGGCGCGGGCGGUGGACGUCGCGCGCGGGGGGGACGGAGGGCGAGGGGGGGGGCACGGCGCGGACGGAGGGCGACGGCGACGACGCGGGCGGAGACGGGUACAAGACGUCGUUGACGUCCGAUCCGGCGUUCGCGCGAGGGAUUUCGCGCGAUGAAACGGUGCGGGCGAACGGUGGGGGGGGUGAGACGGCGAUGACGACGACGACGCGGAAGACGCGCGCGUUCGUGGAGGCGCCGAGCGAGGCGGCGCAGCGAGAGCAAGUGCGGAGCUUUCUGUAUCCGGGGGAGGAUCAGCUCCCGGAUGACGUGUCGAUGACGAUCUGGGAACAUCUCGAGGAGCUUCGCGAGCGCGCGCUCGUGAGCGCGGCCGCGGUGGGGUCGCUCAUUUUGCUGUGCUUUUGCUUUGCGAAAGAUUUGACAAUUUUCCUCGAGCAGCCCGUGGCGAGCCAAGGGGUGCGGUUUCUUCAACUCGGUCCGGGUGAGUACUUCUUCACCACGGUCAAGGUUGCGGGGUACACCGGUUUGCUCGCGGGCGCGCCCGUGGUGCUGUACGAGGCGAUCGCGUACGUCUUACCGGGUUUGACGCUGAACGAGCGCAAGACGCUGGGUCCAAUCGUGCUCGGUUCCUCGGUGUUGUUUUACGGAGGCAUCGUCUUCGCGUAUUACAUCCUGGUACCCGCGGCGCUCAAAUUCUUUGUCGGUUACGCCGAUGGUGCGGUCGAGUCGCUCUGGUCCAUCGAUCAGUACUUUGAGUUCGUCCUCGUCCUUCUCUUCUCCACCGGAUUGUCGUUCCAGGUGCCCGUGAUUCAGCUCUUACUCGGACAGACUGGGCUCGUGAGCUCUCAACAGAUGCUCGGUGUUUGGAGAUACGUCGUCGUGGGCUCGGUCGUCGCCGCCGCCGUCCUCACACCGUCGACGGAUCCGUUUACGCAGAUGCUGCUCGCCGUGCCGCUCAUGUCUCUGUAUUUGGGCGGCGCCGCGCUCGUCGGCGUCGUCGAAAAAGGUAGAGACGCCGACGCCGCCGCGUGA